AUGGAUUAUGACCUGUGUAAACCGUUUAGUGAAUUAAGAAAGUAUUAUCCCGAUGAAUUAGGAACAUCUUCAGAACACGAUUUUCAUCAAAAUGGGAAUAUUAAGGAAUACUGCCCUAAUGGAGUUACAGGAAAUAAAUGUGAGACUGAGCCCGAUAAAAUUAAGGCUGGAUGUUUAUGGUUGUUUGAGCAAUUGUUUGUGGAAAAAAAAAAAAAAAAUAUCAGUAUAGUUGAAUACAUUAUCAUAUGGUUAAGUUAUAAACUAAAUCAAAAUACAUAUGACGGAAUCAACAGUCUAAAUGAUUUUUACACUGAAUGUAUAGAAAAUAAUAUACAUUAUACUAAUUGUAAACAAGGUGGUCAAGAUUGUAGUGGUUCAUUAUUUCAUAAUACAGGUUAUAAAAAUUAUAAGGAAAUCAUAAAUGGAAGAAAGGGAUUGUUGAGUACUAAUAUUAAUAAUAUGUCUAAAAUUUAUGAUGCAUUUAAACCAUUAUGUAACGUGUAUACUGAACUUAAAGCAAACAACACAAUAUCUGAGGAAUCUUUAGAAAAUGCUAAAAAAUUUGUUGAAAAAUAUAAUGAACUUAAUGUUUCUGAUAUGAAUAAAGAUGGUCAUUAUCAUCAAGUAUUGUCUACAUUAUUAAAUGAUUACAAUAAUUUAAAAGAGUAUUGUGAUAGUAAUAACAUUAAUUGUAGCAGUAUUACAUUCCUUACAUCGACAGAAACAGAAGAAAGUGGUGUGCAAAGUUCUGAAGAGAUUUGUUAUGUUACAUUAUCAAAUUUGUCGAUAGUAAAAAAAUUAAUUCUAGCUUUAUUAAUAUUCAGUGCAAUAUCAAUCUUUUUGGGAAUUUUUUUUAAGUGUUCGUUAUUUGCAUUACGGAAAAGAGCUCAAAAACAAUAUUUAAGAGAAAAUGUAAAAAAAUAA